AAACCGCUUUUAGGUAGCGGCCCUGCUUUCCCGGCCUGCUUCCUGGUGAUUUCAGAACCUCAAUCCAACGAACGAGAGCUCCCUUUCCGAGUCCGACCUGCUCCGCGAGUCUGCGAUACCCACACCCAAUUGAAUCCCCGACGCGUGCCACCCCGACCGACAAGCGAUUCACGAUGCGUCCUACAAUGAUGAUGAGAUCUGGCGGUGGUGGUGAGGUUGGCAAGCAUAACAACUUCAUCGGAAACUGGGGCAACUUCGGUGGUCUCAAGCAGAAGGGCAUUGUCACCUAUGGCAUUAGCAUGAACCGCCAAAACCCGUUGGCCGGCACAUUCCACGAUGCGAUCUUCAACACAUGGAGGCGAUUCAGUGGCCAGGUUCUCUACUGGGCGCCCCCGGCGAUUGCCGGCUACUACAUCGUGAGCUGGGCCAUCGAACGGAACGAGUACCUGAACUCGAAGGCCGGCCGGGCCGAGUUUGCCGAUUCGGAGUAAGGCGGAGACGGCGUAGGGCGUGAGGAAGAGAGUCGUGUGCCAAAUAGACAACCCCUGUACAUCACCGAUGGGCUCAGCAAGGCCGACUUGGAAUUGAGCAUAGACCUUAUUGCUAUCAUGCCGCUAUGUUUACUCUUUGAUUGCCUGGUGAAAGUGAUACGACAGACUAGCUAAAGUCCCUCUACCCCUCGCCACUCUCUCCAUUGU